UUUUCUAGUAAUGCUCGCUCGUUUGAAGUGCUGGUGUGGGGCUUUACUUUGUCACUUAUGGCCAUGUCUCGGGUCUGUCUGUUGCUCCAAGAUCUGGGUUUAAUUAUAAUGCUCAUAUUUUUCAGCGUUGACUGUCAGAAACUGCAGCAAGGUCAGCUCUGCAAGCCUGCUUGCCCUGAUGUGCAGAAAGGGCAAAGGCACACCUAUAGAUACAGUACAACAAUCAGCAGCACAUGGAAAGGCUCUUCAUCAGGAGGCAGUCAGUUAGCUUUGGACUGUGUUAUUGACAUUAAUGUUCGACCAGGAUGUCCUGACAUGAUGUUAAAGCUGAGGAACAUACAAAUAAAGCAGAGCUCAUCAAAAAGAGAUAACUCAGUUCAACGCUUGAAGAACAUGAGAGAGUCAUUGGAGAAGAAUCCCCUGCGGUUCUCGCUUGAGGGGGGAAAGGUCACCAUGUUUUGCCCACAGGAGGCUGAGCAGGUGUGGACGCUUAACAUCAAGAGGUCCAUUCUGAGCAUGAUCCAGACCUCUCACUCGGGACGGGCCCGAGAGACAGUGAGAGAGACUGAUGUGUAUGGGACAUGUACUAGUUCUUAUGAACGAAGGGGACCAUCGCUGGUGAAGAUACGUAACCUCCAGCUGUGUCUCAGUGACCGGAUCGAUCAGUUUUGGAGGAGCUCUGUACCCCUGAAGGAGGACAUGACAGUGAGUGCCGGCCUCACGUGCGUCCAGCUCUAUGAUGACACAGUCUUGAAGAAGGUCAACUGUACAGAAACAGUGUCGCUGGUUCCCCUUCCAGGCCUGUUAGAAGUAACAGAAACUAAAACGGUUUCAAGCCUGACUCUACUCAGAACCCUUGAUGUGAUUCCAAUGGAUUUGGCUCAGAACACUGGCUACUUGUCCAGUAUUGUGUUUGAGGCUGAAGGCCAAAGCUCAGGCAGACAUGCUGGACCAUCAGUUCAGGAGGUGUCCAACAUAGUGAGGAGACUGUGUGCUCAUCUGAUGGAUCAACAGCAGCAAUCUGAGCUUCUCCUGAAUCUGGUGCUCCAGCUGAGAGCCUUGUCAUCACGUCAGUUGAGAGACUUGUGGCAUGAAGCCUCCUUCAAAUGUCGAGACGACUGGCAGCCCCUGGUAGAUGCAUUGUCAGCCUGCGGAACUGAGAACUGCAUCCUUGUCAAUGCGGACCUAAUACUGAACAAAGAAGUUGAUCAGGAACACAUCCUACCCCUCAUCAGUUUUGCUUCCCACCCAACCCCAUCCAUAAUCAGCCACCUCAGUGCUCUUCUGCAAAUUCCUCUUAUUCGUCCAAAAGUGCUACUGGUCGUGUCCUCGCUGGUCCAUCGCUUUUGUCAACAGAGUCCAUGCAGUGAGAUCUCAGAAGUCCAGCAGUUCGUUCAUCUUCUUAAGCUGAGUCUUGAGGCAGGAUGUCAAGUGGAUGAUCAUUUGAAGAUCACAGAGUUGCUGCAUGUGUUAAAAGCAGUAGAGAAUGCAGGAGCAGCUGUUUCAGAUCUCAUCCCAACACUGAGCCGCUGUGUGCAAAAUCAUUCUGUGCCACUGGAGCUUCAGCUGGCGGCUAUACGAGCGUUCAGGAGAAUCCCAUGCCAUCAGGACAGAAAAGUCCUUGCUCAGGUAUUUCAAAGACAGCAAGAGAAUGUGGAGGUCAGAAUUGCAGCAUAUCAGCAGCUCAUGCACUGCCCAAACCAGGAGAUUUUCACACUUGUGAAGACAACUUUAAGCAAUGAGAAGUCCAGUCAAGUUGGGUCAUUUGUUUGGAGUCACCUUUUUAAUAUCCAGAAAACAGAAGACCCUCUGAAGAAAUACCUGAUGGAGUCACUUCCAGAUGACAUUAUUAGCAGAGACUUUGAAGCAGAACCAUGGAAAUAUUCUUCUCAUAUGGAUUACACCGUGGACACGGGAGUGGCUGCUGCAAACGUGGAGGGAGCUCUGGUUUUCUCCCCCCAGUCUUUUCUUCCCAGUUAUGCUAUGGCUAAUCUGACAGUAUUCAUCCUAGGCAGAGCAUUCAAUCUUCUGGAGAUUAGCCUUAGAAUGGAAAACCUUGAGCCUCUUCUUAAGACAGUGUUUGAGCAGCAACCUCUAGCAUCUGCUGAUCACUCCGGACCUUCAGCUCAAGCAGACUCUGUGAAGAAGAAGGAGAGAAACAGUAAUAGUGAUGGCUGUCAGUCCGCAACAUUCAGUUCCAUGAGGACUAAGUUCACAGAGCAGAGGAAAAAGGACAGAACCCUCCAUUGCUGGAUAAACGUGAAGAUGUUUGGCAAUGACAUGACCUUUAUGACCUGUGAUGACCUGCAUUCGUAUCAGAGAAAGCUGUCCCUUAGUACAGCUGGUGUUGUUGUCAAAUUGUUAAAGGGUCAGGAGAUAAAACUCAGCCAAAAGCCAGUUGUUCUGGCAGAGGAACUGGUUUUACCAUCCCUCUCCGGAUUACCCAUGAGGCUCAGCAUCAACAUGUCCGCUCUGUUUUCCCUCAGACUUAAAGGCAUCUCUAACUAUAAGAAUUGGUCACACUUCUCACUGGCUGGCUAUAUCAAACCAAGUGCAUUGGUUGGCAUCUCUGUGAGAGCUGGAGUUGACGGAGCAAUAGGCCGUGUGGGAUUAGAGUGGGUCACUCAACUCAAAACCUCCACCAGCUUGGAUGGAGCUGUCUAUCUGCACCACGGGCAGAACCUGAAGUUGGUUCUCAACACUCCAGAAGAUGUCAUGGAUAUACUGACCUUCAACUCCAGAGUGUUUCGCGUCAGUGGAGACCUUAAAGACGAGCUUGUGGUGACAAGAAACCUGAAAGAGAAGAACACUUGCACUCCUAAAACAUGGUCUAAGAUGGUUGGAUGGCAGUUAUGCUCUGAUCUGACUUAUCCAUUGACACUGAUGGGAAAAAGCUUUCCACCAUUGGGUCCAGUUAUUUUUACUCUCAGACUUCAAAAACUGGACAAAGGUCUCAACCAGUAUCUCUUGGAGGCAGCCUAUACUUUUGUAUCACAGAGACAUUUCUGGAUGCCACUGGAAGCCACGCUGCUUCUUUUUAUUGGAACACCACAAUCCACUAUCCACAGAGAUGUAUCCCUGGAUGUCAAUCUCACUCCGAAAAGGCUGAUUCUGAAAAUAACUCAUCCCCUGAAAGCCAUUCUCAUUCAAGCGCAGCUUGAAGAAAUAAACAACCAGCGUUCAGGCAGAAUCGAACUACUGAUUGACAACAUCCACCAUUAUUUCAUCAAGGGUCUACUGGAGACUGUGAAUCUUGCUUCAGAGAUGAGAACCCACUUUCAUCUUGAUGCCAAAGUAGUGGCAGAUGGGCAUCCAUUUUCCCUAUCAGUCAACACCACACAUGCCCGCAGCAGGAAGUUUGUAAUACAGGCUUUGCUUAAAAAUGUCUUUAACAAGGACGCAUCAUUCUCAGUGCAGCUGGAGAGAAGUUUGGAAGAUGGCAGGAGACAUUAUUCAAUAGAUGCUGGAUUUCUUUUACCCAGCGCUGUCAGUCUCAGAGGUCUUGGGUUAUUGAAGCAAAGGGGUUCUGAGUGGAGUUCUGCUGUUAGGGUUAGGUACGGUGUAAAAGAAGAUUUGGAGAAAAUGCAAGAGUGUCACAUGACCCAGAAUCUUCACAGCGAAUCGGACUCCAUCCAGACGUAUCGUGUAACAGCAGCUCAUGAACUCCACUGCUCCCAAUUCAUCAACCUAAACCACAAGAUUCUCUUCAAACACGAAAGGAGCCCAGUCCACGUCCAGUCAUCUCUUGAUAUAAGCUAUGGAAAACAGUGGAACCAGAGCAGCAACAAACACAGGAUCCUCUUUAAUCAGUCCCUCAGAAACCAGUCUGGACCAGACCUCACCAGUUACGCAGUGGAGCUCAGCCUGCGUCUUCUGGACAGAGGUCAGAAUUACAGAACUCAGCUUCUGCAUAAUAACUUCAAGACACAAAAAUCAGAGAGCAGCACCCACCUGAAAAUCAACUACAACAAUCAAAUGCCUCUGAUAGCCGGUGUCCACUGGAAGGAUGUUUCAACGAAGACUUCCCUUCAAAAGUGGGAAGGCUCAUUCAACAUGGAUACACCCUGGCUCUAUGUGUACGCAGCUCAAAAACUAGCUCAGCCUCAACGCGGCAUCACACAGUUCAGCUCUGAGGUAACCACAAGGAAACUAGUAAAUAUCCGCGGUGUUACACUGGAGGGUUUCUACAAGGACAGGGGUAAAGAACGACAAGGCCAGCUACAUCUUUUCACGCCAACUUUCAGUUACGUCAAGGUUGGUGGAUGGAGCGUGCUGGGUAAGCGUGGAGUCAAAGCUUCAUACUCCAUCAGCACAGCCUGGACACCGGCCUUGCAUGGGCAAAUCUCUGUAGGCAAUGGCAAGCAAGUGAAGACUCUGGAAAUGAGCGCAGGCUAUGGCAAGCAGGACCUUAACAUUUCAGCAGUUCUCAGCACUCUGGAUAAGAAGCUAAAGAAGAGGCUUUUGAUGAUGACAAUGACCCUGGCAGAUCUUAAAAACCCUUAUGCGGAGCUACAGAUUGAGGGGGCCAUAGAGGAAACAAGGAAGGACAAGAGGGUUUAUCAGAAAAGAUGGAAGUUAAACUUCAGACAACCAUUUAAGUUUCUCCCUCAGAGUCUCAUUCUCCAAGAGACAUUCACCAGUGAUCUACAUCACAAGGUUUACACUCUGGAGUCAAAGGUUCUUGUCCAUGGAAACAGAAAGGCCAUUCAUGUCCUUACUCUGGGUUUCCAGCCACAGCAGCCAUACAUGUGCUCCUCAUUGGUCCAGUCUUUCAGCACUGAGAGAAUUCCUCAAGACUCCAAAAUCUGCUUCACGGUCCAAAACAACCAGAAUGUGCAUGAAAUUCAUGUCAGGUUGUGGGCUGGAAAUGAGGAAAGACUUGAAGCCUUUGGUCAGGUACAAUUUCACGACCCAGCUACAUUUCAGCAAGGUAUUACAAUAAAAGCCAACCUGUCCCAGCUGAUUAAGAUGGAUUUCCCAUUAAAUGUCAGCCUAAAUAUAGAAGCGCUCAAGAGUCACAGGAGCAAGAGCGACUUUGAGUAUCAUUCUGAAGGACAAAUAUGCAUCGACAAUAGGAUAUACCAGGCAAAUACAGCAAUGAUAGUGUCACAUUUUGGAAACAUCAGUAGUUCAAUCAGCCUGCAGGCAGAUGAAAAGAAUUCAACCAUUCACUUGAUUCUGGAAAACAAGGCGGGGAAGGGCAGUAAUGCAUUGUCAAUCUAUGCUGACUUCCAUCAGACCUUAUUAGCAGGGGUCACGCCUGAGGGUCACAUUCAUUUAUAUGCAAAUUGUUCUUCAGAACGCGUUUUCUUGCAGUGCAGGGUAAAAAAAGAAGACGAAACAUUUAGUGCUCACUUGACUGGAUCUCUACCUCAUGACAAGCUGCACCUAUCUCUUUCAGGAGAUGUUGUUAAUUCAAUACAAGAUCUCUCCGCUUUGCCUAAUUCAGUUAGUAUGGUUGGCGUGCUAACCCAGUCAAAUGGUUUAACAGAAGGAGAGCUGACUGUAGUGGUGGACGAUGCUGUAUACGGGCUGGAAGUGACUCAGCAAUCUGGGGAAGAUCUUAGAGCGUUACUUUGUGUAGUUAUCAUGGAAGAAUCACUGUGUGUAAACAUCAGCAGCAUUGUAACACAGCACGGGUGCAGAAGUUAUACCCAGCUGUCUCACUCUUUCCCCUGGCUACAUUUUGCAGCAGGUCUUCCAUUUCACAGCAGCGCAGGUGUGUUUAUGAACUGGAAUAACAGCAGUGUCUGUGCUCAGCUGGAGCUUCAUGCGGACGCCAGAGGCCUGAGUGCCACACUGGAGCAGAGUUCACAGUCUCAGGUGAACUACACAGAGGGGAUCAACACAGGACCCCUGCUGGCCAUCUGCUCAGAGCAAGAUCAAAAAGACACAUUGAAGGUUGGGGUCAGAGCAAAUCUUCAGAGUUCGACUUUCUCAUUUGAUCUUCAAGGUCACCACAAUAUCUCCAGCACUGGGCUAAUGCUCAACAUUUCCCACAACACACCAGCCUUACAUCCAUACCUUCCGUCCGACUUUUACUCAAAAUCACAGUUGCGCCGUUCACAGUCCUCAGCUAAAUGUACUGCAGAACUUCUGGUUGGUGUGAGCAGUUUGGCUUUUGAUGCAGAGAUCUUGAGUGCAAACUCUGGCUUUAAACAAGCGCUGGUGUUCAAUCACUCAAUACCUCAGCUACACUUGCUUCCCAGGAAUCUGACUGUGAGGACACUCUAUGGCGGAAAGAGAGGGUCACAUAUUUUCACACACCGAGCACAGUGGGACAAUCAGGAUUCAACACACACCACCUCAUCAUAUGAUUAUACACAGUUCCAGCAAAGCUAUCCAGAACUAACAGGAACGGCUCUCGGUUGGGGUUUGGAUCUUAAGGUAGAGAAUGAUAGUCAGAGAAAACUGGGUGAUUUGAAUAUGGAUUGGAGUCUGUUCGGAAGCCGUGAGGAGCUUAAAGUUCAAGGAUCUUGGGCUUUGGUGAGCAGACAAAUGGAUUCAUCAGAGCAGAAACAAGCAUUUGUCUCAACACUGACUCAGUUUCACAUACAUGCCUUAUCACACGGACUGACCAACAGGAAUGAGGGCAUCAGCCAGGCCCACAUUUCUACGAGCCACCGAAAGCCUGUAAAUGUUUCAGUAACAGUAAGUGAGCACUGGCAUGGUGACUCCAGCAGAGGGCAGGCCUGCGUCUUUAUUUUACCCGGCCAGAUGCAGACGCUUCUCCCUCUGGUGGAGAUGGAGGGAUGUGUUGCUGUAGCUCAGGAUGGGAAAUCUUACUCUCAAAACACAGAGCUCAAGUGGAAGGACAAGAGAAUAACCCAAAGCAUGAAAUACCAGUGUGGAGUCAAAGGAAUGCACACACUGCUAGUGGAGCUGGGGGCUCAGAACGUCUCUCCAUCUCCCUGUCCAUCUCACUCUCUCUUGACCCAGAUCCACACCAACCUGAGGGACCAUCUGGAGCACCAUGUUCAGAUUGGCCUCUGUCCUCCACAACCUGCUUUAAUUUGGUCUGGAUCUCACAGAGUGAACUCCGGCAAGGAGAUGUUGUUGACUCACAGCCGCGUGUCUGUGUCUGGACAUCCUCAGCACAGCACCUUCACACUGUCCCUCAGAAACACCAGCAGUAGUCAGCGCUCCAACUACUCACUGCUCACUGAGUGGCAGGUAGGAAACUGGAGUGUGGAAUUGGCCAGCAGUUCCAUGGUUUCAGGAAGGAGUGUGGCGGUCCAGGUUCAUGCAAAACUAGACCGCAGCGAGUUGCUCUGGCUGCAGGGGGCGCUGGGAAAACGCUGCCUACGAGCUGCUGCUGGAUACCACACUGAAACGUCUGAUGACCUCAGAUUGUUGCUCUGUUCGGAGGGGCAUCACUGGUUCACCCUGGAGGCCCAGAGGGGUGGUGCUGGCAUUGAGAACGAGACCCUUGCCCUUAUUUCUGUUGGAGCAGCCAAUCAGAGUCUGCUGUUUGGAGCCAAGGGAUGCGGGGAUUGCCUGUGGGCUGCGGAGGCACGGCUCCAGCAGCUGGGGUCCCGGAUAAGGAAUAAACUGUUUGACAGAUUUCAGAGACUUCAGCAUCUUCUGUUAACGUUUAGAAGACAGGCAGGAGACAGUGUGUUUCUGCUGGAGCUGAGUGCAUGGCCGCUGUCUCUGACCCAGAGAGCUGAGACCCUGCUGGAGAGAUCAGCGGUGCUGUGGAAAGCCUGGACCACCGGCCCGCUCCGACACACACUCACACACAGCCUGCCAAACGCACUCCAGCUCCUGCAUCUCAUGUCUCAGCAAGUCCAGCAAGAGCUCCGGAAGCCGCUGGCCACUCUGGCUGGAGCGUAUCAUGAUGUGACAGGGGAGCGUUUGGACGCCGUGUGGCAGCAGGGAGUGCAGAUGUGGACCAGAGAGCUGACGGAGCUUCUGCCCUCGAUGCUUCAUGAUCCUCAUCUGAGGACGCCAUCUCUGACCGCACUCCACGCUGCCGUAUUUGCCAUGGAUAUGGUGAGCCAGCAGACCUUUCAGUGGAUGGAGGCCAGACUGGCUGCCAUGCUAGUGGGUGUCAGAAGACAGCUUGCACUAAUCUACAAGUUCUCCAAAAGUGAGGGUGAGCUGAUGUUAAGAGUGCCUCUUCCUGAGGGCCCCUGGCUGAUGGUGAAGGAUGCUGGUAUGACUGAAGUUCUCCUGGAGGAGUUUGUCCUGAAGCCUCUCCUGGCCUUGAACUCUAUGAGUCCGACAGCAGAGCUCUAUCGGCUCAAGAGGAGGAUAAUGGACAGUCCAGCCAACUAUCAGGCAUUUCUAGUGGCAGAUGUCUAUUUGGUGUCAUUUGAUGGACAUCUGUUCCAGCUCCCUGCUGCCUGUGACUUCAUCCUUGCAGCUGAUGUCACAAAGAACACCUUCAGCAUCGCUCUCAAAUCAGGCAGAUUCAAACGUCGCUCGCUUGUGAUGCAAAUGCAAAACACAACGACUGCAAUCCACGCAAAUGGAGAGGUUGAAGUUAAUUGCCAUGUCACACACGUUCCAUACACUAACCCUGAAGUGGCUGUCAGAAAAGACGUGAACUUCAUUGAGGUGUCCAAUGGGAGAGGACUUUGGGUAUCAUGUGACCAUCAUCUGGAGGUUUGCAGUGUGAUUCUAGAUGGAUGGCUUCAUGGUGUGUCCAGCGGUCUUUUAGGAACCAAUGAUAAUGAAGGCUCUAAUGAACAACUUCUGCCGGAUGGAUCUCACACAAGCGGUCUGCUGCAGUUUGCUCACAGCUGGCAGGUGGAUUCGGAAUGUGUCAGCAGGAAAGCUGACGUCUGUCAGAAUGCCACCGCUGACUCCCUGUCGUGCACGUUUCUGUUCUCCUCCACAAAUUCUCCUCUGAGCCCCUGUUUCAGAGUGGUGGACCCUGUGCAGUUUGCGAUGGAGUGUGAAAUUUUGGAGUGUGUACGUGAUGAGCGUGCAGAUGUUCCCAAACCAGCUUACUGCUCACUGGCCUCUGCUUAUAUCCAUGUAUGCCAUAGAAACUAUGUUCCACUGGAGCUGCCAGUGCAAUGCGUGUAAGAGUGGCGUCCACUGCAGUGAUGCUGGGAUUUCAGCCAAAGAUGUGGUGUCCGCUGACCUGUUUGAAUAUUAACAAGGACAUGUACAUAAUCAUUGUCAUCAUAACGUCAUAUUUGCAAAGAUUUUUCACAGCACGCAGCAUUUCAUGUCGACAAUAAUUUAGACCCCCCUCCCCCCCAAUUAAUACACAUUGAAUUCAUUAUUUUUUAAAUGUAUUGUAAAGAUAUGGAAUUAUUGUUUUAACAUGGCACAUUUAAUAAACAUUGAUAAUCAUGACAA